CCUCUCUCCCCCUUCCGUGCCCGUUGACCUUCCCCCCCCUGUUUGAACCAAACGAGCUCAAGACAAGAAGCGAACUCAUCCUGUUUCACGUCCAAGUCGGUGGUUUUUUAAAACCCAGGUUGAAAAAACGUGAAGAAUUUGAGAGAGAGAGAUGCGAAGAUAUUUGAGCCUCAGGAAGCUGUGAGGAUUCUGGAUUUUUUCAGAGAUUCGAGUAUCUGUCGUGGAAGCCCAGUUUUUUAACUGUGAAGCUCAAAGGGUUUUUACAGAGAUUUUGAGAGAUUGGUGCAAGUGGGUUUUCUUUUUUACAGAGAUUAAAGAUGGUAGCAAGAACCCCACUAAAGCAGAGGAAUAUGGUGGUGGCUCCUCCUCUCAACCCAGUUCUUCUCAGGGAGACAAUUAACAAGGUGGACAAGUGUAUGGAAAGACUGCAAGAGCUGCAGUACACAGUCUCAGGAGGAACCAAAAUUGUAUCUGGUGUAAGCCUCAGCCCCAGGAGCACUAGAACUUACUUGAAGACAAGUUUAAGAUGCAAACAAGAAACUUUACGAAUCAAGAAUGCCACUAGUAGGAAAUCUCCAGUUGGGAAGUUUCCAGCUUCCUCAGCAGGAGAUUGGAGGAGAACGUCACUGCCAGCAAUGUUACUUGGAGAGACAGUCAAUGAAAUCCUACAAGCCUCUCAAUUCACACGAGAAAUCGUAGAAGCAGUCGCAUCAAAGAAGAAUAAACAACACAAGAGAUCAAUACUAUCAGAAAACGGGCCAAAAACUCCAGAAGCUGAACGGAAAACGCCACAACCAAACCAUGAAACCACCAACAGUGACAUCAGAUUGAGAAGGAAGAAAGAGAAGCAGAACAAACUUCAGCUCAUCAGAUCAGAAUCAGAUUCGCCUUCCUUACAAAGGGCCCGUUCAAGAAUUGCCUUCAAGAUCGUCUCGCCCCACAAAAUAGCUGAGAAGGAUCAUCCAGACAAAGGCAAUGGUAAUAACAGUUUCAGGCAUUCGGCUAAUAGGGUUUCGCCAAAGCACAAGCCUUGGGCUAAAAAGACUGUCCUUUUCCCCAACCCAUUGUUUACCUCAAUGUCAUCAUCUACACACCAAGCCAAAUUCUGCAGGACAAGAUCUCCAGUCAUCGUUAAAAACGACAUUAGCAGUAGCAGCAACUGUGCCAGAACGCAGACGCCGCAUAAGUUCUUGAUCAAAUCUCCUCCGACGCCGCCAUCGAAGAAGUUUCAGGUGAAGAUCAAGAGCCCGCCUAAAGUCACCAUUUCUCCGAAAAGAACCAGUAGCUCGAUCAAGAAAUCGCCAAAAUCUUCUCUUUCUCCGACAAGAAUCGCCAACUUGGGCAAGAUGUCACCGCCUAAAGCUUCGAUUUCGCCAACGAGAGUCGGCAAUUUUAGCAGGAAAUCGCCGAAGCUAUCGACUGCUGCAAAGCUUCGGAGGUCGCUUUCUCCGGCAAGACUGGCGACUAGGCUGGUUUCGCCAUUGAAGAGCCGGAAAAGCGUGGGGAAGAGCAAUGAAACGACGACAAUGUAUGGAUUGAAACAGCGCCCAGUUUCGGUUCCAAAGAGAUUCUCGAUGGGGAGAAUUUAAGAGUUUUGUGAAUCGACCGAUGUUAUACCUCUGAGUUUGAAACCUUUGAAGAUUUGGUGUUGAUAAAGCUGUAUUCUUUUGGUUUUGUGGCUUUUUGUAACUUUGCUUCGCUUGAUCUCAAAUCAAGCUUUUUUGUGUAUGUUAUUUACACGAGAGGUUUGAUGAAAUAAA